UAUGCAGUUAUGUGUAGUGUGUUGUUCAAUCUUGUUACAUAACCAGCUCUACGCUACAAGACCUAUACAGCUUCAAGAUGUACAUCGAAAACGUCUGGGGCUUGCUUUCCAUGCUACUAAACGUCCAAGUUAAUGUCCAAGAUAACCAUGUUAUUAAGGAACCCGUUAUGUUCAAUUCUUCAAACUCGCUCGGCCCAUGCCCAGGUUCCCUAGCGGGGAACAUAACGCACACUCAGAGAUGUGUGAUCGUAGUGCAGGAAUGGUGGGGAAUGAACGAGCAGAUCAAACAACAAGCGGUGAAUAUUUCCAACCGAGGGAACUUUGUCACAUUGGUCCCUGAUCUUUAUCGAGGCCAAGUUGCCGUAGACUAUGCAGGAGCCAAACACCUGACCGAAAACUUGGACUACCCGGCCGCAGUCGAGGAUAUUCGGGGCGCUGCGAGGUACCUCCUGGACAUGGGCUGCAAAAAGGUCGGCAUCACUGGGUUCUGCAUGGGCGGAUCCCUUAGUCUCGCCGCUGCCGUCCACGUGAAGGAGAUCUCAGCUGCAGUCCCCUUCUACGGCAUCCCCCCAAAUUCACUUGCAAACGUCUCCACUAUCCAGAUACCCGUACAGUGUCACUUUGGAAGGAACGACACAUCGCGCACCGCUGGGCCUGCUGAGUACCAGGAGCUCCGCCGGAAGUUAGAAGCUGGUAACGUGACGGGUUGGAAUGACCAGUUCUUUGAGUAUAAUGCUGGUCACGCAUUCACUAAUCCCCACAGUGAUAAUUAUAACCCCGCCAUUGCGGAAUUGUCCACCCAAAGAAUGAUUGAUUUUUUGAAUAAAUAUCUAGCAUCACCCGGUGACAUCACCCCACCCAUUUCUCCCUCCGCUUAAUAGUAUGCAAUCACUGGCCCAAGGAUCCACCGAAACCUGAAGCACCUGAAGCACGCUGGGUGUUUAUUCAUGAUUACUAAGGCCUAGAAUAAACGCAUUUCUUUAUGUGCCGUUCCAAAUGCAAAUGCAAAGUAACCAAUUCCAUUUUUAACUCAGUCGCUUGUAUUUGCAUUUGUACUGGUACUAAAAUAACUACGUUUGUCUUAGGCCAAAAACUCUAUAGGUUUAUUUAGACACCACGAUUGUGUAGUUCCAGAUAAUAUCCAUACCCCCC